AUGUCUGAAGAGAUCGAUUCUCGUUGUUAUCCCCUUGCGGAUGAAACCCUCACCAACCAGAUUCUAGACCUUGUGCAGCAGGCCUCUUCAUACAAGCAGCUAAAGAAGGGUGCUAAUGAAGCCACCAAAACUUUGAACCGUGGUAUUGCUGAGUUUAUCAUCAUGACUGCCGAUACUGAGCCAUUGGAGAUCUUGCUACACCUCCCGCUUCUUUGCGAAGACAAGAAUGUUCCCUAUGUUUUUGUUCGUUCGAAGAUGGCUCUUGGCCGUGCGUGCGGCGUAACUCGACCCGUCAUCGCUGCCAGCGUGACAACGAACGAGGCCCGAGAACUAUUCAGCCAGAUUCAGACCAUCAAGCUCGCUAUCGAGAAGCUGGUGCACUAA